CUUCAUUCAAUCACUGUACAGGAAAUGUAUUUAAGUUACUCUCUUUCCAUACAUUUCACAGUACGAUUCUCAGAUUGAAGCUUGAGGCUUCAACAUCCAAGAUGUGGUUACUAUUUAUAUUGGGAUUUGCUGUUCUUACGGAUACAGGCACCGGUACAUUGUUUGGAGGAGGAAGUUGCAAUGGAAUUGUUGGCACUGUUUUCGGCUGUGGAGGAAAAGCUAGUGGGUCUGCAAGUGGAGAGUAUACUACAGGCGAAUACACCACAGGAUCGUAUAUAACUGGAUCGUAUGUUACUGGUGAAUAUACGACUGGUGAAUACACGACUGGAGAAUAUACAACUGGAGAAUAUGUUACAGGCGAGCAAACAAGUGGAGAAUAUACCAGUCGUGAAUAUGUUACUGGCGAAUAUGUAACAGGAGAGCAAAAGAGUGGAGAAUACACAACUGGAGAGUAUACCACUGGUGAAUAUACUACAGGAGAAAGAGCUAGUGGAGAAUACACAACUGGAGAAUAUACCACUGGUGAAUAUACUACAGGCGAAAGAGCUAGUGGAGAAUACACAACUGGUGAAUAUACCACUGGUGAAUAUACUACAGGCGAAAGAGCUAGUGGAGAAUACACAACUGGAGAAUAUACCACUGGUGAAUAUACUACAGGCGAACAAGCUAGUGGAGAAUACGCAACUGGAGAAUAUACCACUGGUGAAUAUACUACAGGCGAAAGAAAAAGUGGAGAAUAUACAACUGGAGAAUAUACAACUGGAGAAUAUGCUUCCGGAGAGUACCCAAGCGGACAAUACGCUUCUGGACAAUAUCAAACUGGCGAAUAUGUUACUGGAGAAUAUCCAAGUGGUGAAUACACUUCUGGACAAUAUCAAACUGGCGAAUAUGUUAGUGGAGAAUAUCCAAGUGGUGAAUACACUUCUGGACAAUAUCAAACUGGCGAAUAUGUUAGUGGAGAAUAUCCUAGUGGAGAAUAUGAUAGUGGUGAUUUACUGACAGGAGAAUAUCCAAGUUACGAAUAUAUCACAGGAGAAAUUCCCAGUGGAAAUUUUCCAUCUGGACAAUAUCCAAGUAGAAUUUUUAGAUCUGGAGAAUUCCCAAGUGGACAAUACCCAUCAGGAUACUACCCUAGUGGAAUCUUCAAAUCUGGCCAAUAUCCAAGCGGUCAAUAUCCAUCAGGACAAUACCCAAGCGGAGAGGAUAAAUCAGGAGCAUACCCAAGUGGCCAGUAUCCAUCUGGUCAAUACCCAAGUGGAACCAUACACUCCGGCCAGUAUCCAAGUGGUCAAUAUCCAUCUGGUCACUAUCCCGGCGGAAAAACUAAUUCCGGAAAAUUCCCAAGUGGCCAUUAUCCAUCAGGACAUUAUCCAAGUGCCGAUCAAGUUCCAGGACAUGUCCCAACAUACUUACUUCCAGGGGGUCAAUUCCCAGGGGGCCCAGGGGGUCAGAACCCAAGUAACCCUCUCCAAAGAUACAUCUUAAGAUUUAUGUUCCCAUCUGGACAAUACCCGAAUGGAUAUUACCCGUCUGCCGAAAUUCCAUCUCUUCAACUAGAUAGUGUCGGUUCUAUACAAGUGUUCCCACUGGGUACUUUCCCAUUCGAUAAAUUAGGUCCACUUGCUAAACUUCCACUGAAUCAAUUGGGAAAUCUUCCAUUAGGACAACUAGCAGGCAAGCUCCCUGGUCUUUCUCCAAGUGACAUACCAGAUGGCCUUGCUAAUGUACCAUUGCGCAAAUUAAUUACUCUUCACCUUGGACCACUUGGCAAUAUUCCUUUGGCAUCAAUACCAAGUGAUGCUCCAGGUGCUGAUACACCACUCAGUUCUCUAGGCAACACACCAUUAGGACAACUACCAACUAAACUUGGAAACUUCCCACAAUUCCAAUUUAUUCUACCAGGACAACCAGGACAACAACCACCAAAUGGUAAACAACCAGCCAAAAAUUUCAUUACCCUUCACUUAGGUCCACUAGGAAAUAUUCCAUUGGAUCAAAUUCCAGAUGGCCUUGCUAAUAUUCCUUUAAGCCAGUUGGGUAAAGUACCUGCCAACAAGUUUAAAGUACAAUUCAAUCUGCCUCUUCCACUUGGCAGUCUCCCAAGUGGUGUUGGAAAACUUCCUCUGAAAUUUAUAGGACGUCUUCAUCUUGGCCCAUUCGGAAAUAUUCCAUUGAAGGAUUUGCCAGAUUCAGUUGCAAAUAUGCCUCUUGAUCAACUGAGCAAGUUGCCCUUGAAGAAGUUACCAGGCUUACUUAAAGGUCUUCCACCAAGUCAAUUUAGCUCUGUUCCUAGAAGUUCAGGUGAUAUUCCAGAUCAACUAAGUCCACUUACAGUAGGAGAUAUUGGUUCAUUAAACUUCGAACCACUUGGUCAUAUUCCAUUAAAGAAGAUCCCAGAUACUCUAAAGAAUGUUCCAUUGAAGGAAUUAGACUCCACACCAAUAAGUAGUUUACCAGAUGAGCUUGGUUCUACUCCAUUAAGCAGUUUUGCGUCUAUUUCUUUUGGUCCUCUUGGCAAUUUCCCAUGGAGCAGUUUACCAGAUGAGAUUGCAUCAAAACCCGUAGGACAACUUGCAUCUACGCCGAUUAGCUCUAUUCCUAAACCACGUGACAGGCCAGGCAAAGCUAGAUUACCAUUUUUCCCAGGUGGACCUGGUCCAGUAAACUAUCCAGGCUUCUUACCAGGAGGAAAUGGCCCGAUCGUUGACCCAGGAUUCAAUCCAUUCCCAGGCUACUAUCCAGGAAAUGGAAAAGCCCCCGGUACAGUCCAGCUUCCAGGAAUGAUUUAUCCAGGUGGCAGAAGACCAGGUCAAUACCCAGCAGGAUUCCCAGGUGAUGUUCCAGCUAGCAGCGUAGGCAGUAUAUCAGUAUUCCCAAUUGGUUCUUUCCCCAUGAGCAAAUUAGGUCCACUUGGAUCACUGCCAAUAGGUCAAGUUAAGGAUCUUCCUUUGGGCAAAGUACCAGGUUUGUUACCUGGAGCAAGUUCAAGUGGCGUACCCGAUCAACUUGCUUCCGUUCCAUUGAGGAAGAUCAUUAGGUUUAAACUAGGACCAUUAGGAGUUAUACCAUUUAGCAGCGUACCAAGCAGUCUUGAUUCUCAACCACUUAAAGUCCUAUUCAAAACACCAUUGAAUAAGAUUCCAGGACUACUUGGAAACAACCCUAAACUCAAAGGCCCUGAUGGAAAAUUGCCAGAUGGCUCUACACCUCUAAAAGAUUUGGGAUCGAUUGAAAUGCCACCCUUCGGCAAGAUUCCAUUAAAUAAUGUACCAGAUAACGUUGCUCCUACACCUUUGAAGAGUUUGGAAAAAACACCAGUCAAUAAGUUGCCAGAUAAGCUUGGUAAAUCUCCUCCUUACGGAAAAUUACCAGAUCAAGUUGGUUCAGUACCAACUUCAAAAUUAGGUAGACUCGACUUAGGACCAUUCGGUAAAUUGCCAUUGAGAGAUGUUCCAGAUGGUCUUGGAAAGCUGCCACUUGGAAAAUUGGCUCAUCUUCCAUUGAAACAGCUACCAGGUCUGCUUAAAUCUCUUCCCUCAAGCAAGUACAGUUCUCUGCCAAGAAGUUCAGCACAAAUACCAGAUACUCUCAGUCCUCUCUCAGUUGGAGAUGUGGGAACUCUUUCAUUCGGACCACUAGGCAGAAUACCAUUGAAAAAAUUGCCAGAUAAACUACAAGAUGUUCCAUUGAAGGAUUUCGGCUCAACACCUUUACGUUCAUUACCAGACAAAAUGGGCUCGACCCCUCUGAGUAGCAUUGGCGCUAUAUCUGCUGGACCAUUCGGCUCUAUUCCACUCAGCGAAGUACCAGAUAGCGUAGCUUCUAAACCAGUUGGUCAAUUAGGUUCCGUUCCAGUAAAAGAUUUACCAACAGCCCGAAUACCAGGUCGAGACAAUAUUCCAACAAUUUUCUUACCAGGUGGAGGUCAACCAGGUGGUAGAGUACCAGGUGGCAGAGUACCAGGUGGUAGACACCCAGGUGGUAGACAUCCAGGUGGACACCCUGGUGGAAGACAGCCAGGUGGAUCCCCAGGACAACCAGGACAACCGGGUGGAAGACAGCCAGGUGGAUCCCCAGGACAACCAGGACAACCGGGUGGAGGACAGCCAGGUGGAUCUCCAGGACAACCAGGACAACCGGGUGGAAGACAACCAGGUGGUAGACAACCAGGUGGUAGACAUCCAAGUGGGCAUCCGGGUGGAAGACAUCCAGGUGGAUCUCCAGGACAACCAGGACAACCGGGUGGAAGACAGCCAGGUGGAUCCCCAGGACAACCAGGACAACCGGGUGGAAGACAGCCAGGUGGAUCCCCAGGACAACCAGGGCAACCGGGUGGAGGACAGCCAGGUGGAUCUCCAGGACAACCAGGACAACCGGGUGGAAGACAACCAGGUGGUAGACAACCAGGUGGUAGACAUCCAGGUGGGCAACCUGGAGGAAGACAGCCAGGUGGAUCCCCAGGACAACCAGGACAACCGGGUGGAAGACAGCCAGGUGGAUCCCCAGGACAACCAGGACGACCGGGUGGAAGACAGCCAGGUGGAUCCCCAGGACAACCAGGAGGAAGACAGCCAGGUGGAUUCCCAGGACAACCAGGUGGAAGACAGCCAGGUGGAUUCCCAUUAUUACCAAGACAACCAGGUCAACAUGGAAAACCACCUAAAUACCCAAGUCUUGGAGAGUACCCUGGAGGCCAACUUCCAGAUGCUCUAUCUUCUGCUCCUCUAAGUGACGUUGGAACAGUCUCCGUUUUCCCGUUAGGAUCCUUCCCGUUCAGCUCAUUAGGACCACUAGCCUCAUUGCCAUUAAAUCAACUCAAGAAUAUUCCACUUGGACAAUUGCCAGGUAAAAUACCAGGAAUAAACCCCAGUGAUAUACCAGAUGAACUUAAAUCAACUCCACUAAACAAAUUAGUAAGAUUUAUCUUAGGACCACUUGGAUCUUUGCCAUUAAGUUCUAUACCUGAUAGUGAAGGAUCUGAACCACUCAGCUCUCUUGGCAAAACACCAUUAGGAAAAGUACCAGACAAGUUCCCUGGAAUUCCAAAACUGCCAAAAGGAGGAAAAACGCCAGAUAAAUCUACACCUUUAAGUAGUGUAGGAUCAAUUGAUAUCGUACCAUUUGGCUCAAUUCCACUUAGUUCAGUACCAGAUAGUAUUGCCUCUGUUCCUCUCAGCAGUUUACUCAAACUCCCAGCAAAGAAACUCCCAGAUUUAUUAGGCAAGAAGCCUCCUUAUGGUCAUUUACCAGACAGCCUCGGAAAAGUUCCAGUUAAGAAUUUAGGCCGAAUCACUUUCCCAAUAGGCUCUAUUCCACUUAAGGACAUACCAAAAACACUGUAUUCAAAACCACUUAGCCAGUUGGUGAGCCUGCCCUUAGGAAAAUUACCAGAUAUUCUAAAAACCCUCCCUAGCAGUGAACGACCAAGCGAUUUCCCAAGUAGUUCGAGCCAGAUUCCAGAUAACCUAAAAUCAGUUCCAGUCAAAGAUGUUGCUUCAAUUUCGUUUGGUCCUCUGGGAAGCGCUCCUUUAACUCAUGUACCCGAUGAAAUUAAAUCAAAACCACUUGGAACUUUUGAUGUGCCUUUGAGUUCCUUACCAGAUGUACUUAGCUCAAUACCAGUUGGUAAACUUGGUAAGAUCGAUGAAGGUCCAACAGGCUCAGAACCAUUGAGCAGUGUUCCAGAUAGUGUUGCUUCUAAACCAAUCGGCAAAUUAGGUACUCUUCCUCUUGGCUCUGUACCAACAAAACCAAAAGGUCAAAGACCUGGAGGUAACCCACUUUCUCCUGGCGGCAGAGGACCUGGUGGUAACCCACUUUCUCCUGGUGGCAGAGGACCUGGUGGCAACCCGCUCUCUCCUGGUGGCAGAGGACCUGGUGGUAACCCACUCUCUCCUGGUGGCAGAGGACCUGGUGGUAACCCACUUUCUCCUGGUGGCAGAGGACCUGGUGGCAACCCGCUCUCACCGGGUGGCUCAGGACCUGGUGGCAACCCAUUAUUCCCUGGUGGCUCAGGACCUGGAGGCAAUCCAUUAUUCCCUGGUGGCAAAGGACCUGGAGGCAAUCCAUUAUUUCCUGGUGGCAAAGGACCUGGAGGCAAUCCAUUAUUCCCUGGUGGCUCCGGACCAGGAGGCAAUCCAUUAUUCCCUGGAGGUUCAGGACCAGGUGGAUUACCAGAUUUCACUUCCCCACUUACGAUCCAAUUCUUAUUCCCUAACGGAAAGCCAGAUCUAUCAAAAUUAGGAAACUUGUUAUCACCCUCAACACCAAACAGCAUUCCUGACUUGACUGACACAAUUAACAAUUUGCUUUCCCAACUUGAUAAUGAGAGUCCAGGAAGCCAAGGAUCUGACGCUCCAGAUUUAGAAAAACUAGGAAAAGAACUGUUGGAUAUCCCUGAUCAAUUAAGCAACUUACAACUGCCACAAGAUGAACCGAAAUUAGGAAAAUUAGGAACUCGAUUGAUUUUGAUUCUUAUUAAAUUGGGCACAUAUAAGUUGCCAGUUGGCAGCCAACCUGAUUUAGGACCUGUAGCACAACAGUUGAUUCCAAUUCUUGGAAAAUUAGCUGGAUUACUACUACCUCAAAUUAUAAUAAAGCUCCAAUUUGUUCCGCAAAGUGAUAUGCCGUCAUUACCUAAUGUUCCAGACUUCAGUAGCAAUCCAACGCAAGCCUUCACUCUACCUUUGAGGAUCUUAUUGAAGAUUUUUGGAAGUUUGGGUGGCAUUCCUCUACCGCAAUCAACCCCAUCCGGAUCAAUUGAACUAAGUGGAUACUCAACACCAGAAGGCAUUUCUUUCACAUCCUCAGCUGAUGAUACCUUGAAUUACCCAAUCCUUCAAUUCAUAUUCAUGAUUGGACGACCAGGACAAUCACAGCAACCCUCUACUCCUCAAUUUGGAGGACUUACACUUGACGAGGGCAACUUGGGAUCUGUCUUAUCACCUGAUUUACCAAAGACUGUUCCUGAACUGGAAGAUCUAGCAAAUAGUUUAAUAUCGCAACUUGAUGGACAAAGCCAACCAUCAAAAUUACCACAGUUAGUUCAAUUAGGAAAAAUACUUAUUCAGAUAAUUGACCAAGAAGGACAAUUGAGCUUACCUGAUGAUAAACAGCAACUUGGAAACUUAGGAAUACGUUUCAUCAUCAUCAUAUGCAAACUAGGUGCAUACAGACAAAAUCCAAGCCCCUCUGACUUCGGACAACAAGGAGUAAAACUGAUUAGAGUCUUAGGAAAAAUGGCAGCUUUAUCUCUACCACAGAUGUUGACAGAUUUAGGAACUUUGCAAAUUCAAGGUCAACUUGACUUGCCAAGUGGUGUUCCUGAUGUCGGACAAGGAGCUGCCAAUACAUACAGCUUCCCAUUGUACAUUCUCUUAAAGAUUUUCGGAAACAUGGGAUCAAUUCAAUUACCACCGAGCAAUGGAUCUGGAGGCUUUGACUUAAGUGGAUAUUCCUUACCAAAUGGUGUAUCUAACUUCCCAUCCUCAAGUCAACAGAUCUUGAACGAUACACCUUCUCAACUUUUCUAUGUGCUUGGAAGCGACACCCCUGGAGCUGGAGGAUCAUUCUCAUACCAAAUGUAUCCAGAAGGUGGUUCUCCCGGAAAUGGAGGUGGAGGUGGAGGCUCUCCCGGAGGACAAACAACAUACAAUAUUGAUUUAAGCAAUUUGAGUCCAGAACAAUUGAAAAAUCUGGACCCUCAGUCACUGCAGAAACUAAAGGAUUACGUAAAAACUUUAAGUCCAUCUCAGUUGCAGAAUUUAGAUUUGUCGAAUAUCCCUGGUCUUAAUCUAGGAGGUGGCAAUUUGCAAGUAGGAGGAAAUGGUGGAAAUGGAGGUGGAAACGGUGGAAAUGGAGGUGGAAACGGUGGAAAUGGAGGUGGAAACGGUGGAUAUGGAGGUGGAAACGGUGGAAAUGGCGGAACAACAACAAUUUUAGGAGGCGGAGGAGGAGGUGGAGGAGGAGGAAAUGGAGGUGGUCCAACUACAAUUGAUUUGGGCACUCUCAAUUUAAAUGACUUGACUGAAUCCCAACUUCAGCAAUUCCCUCCACAAAUCAGACAAAAAUUACAAAACUUAGACUCUCAAACAAUACAGCAACUGCAAAAUGGAGGGCUUUCUUUCAGUUUUUAAUAAACAUGAAAUAGAAGCCGUACAUUUUUCUUGAGGAAAUACAGCUGUUACUUAAAAGAAGAAAAAAGUUUGUGUUUUGUGAAAAAAAAAUACAAACAAUUACAAAAAAGAACAGUAAAUUCCAUUGAUGAAAAUUACAAGCAUAAUGUAUAUUUGAUUUCAAAAUGAACUUUUUAAACAUCAUAUUUCCUCGAUUUGUGUGCUUGAUUCAAGUAAUUAUGUAACUAGGAGAAGGAAUAAAAAUUAAAUCUGAA